UUCCGGACAUAUAGCCGGUUUAUAGUAAGCCUGUCUUCAGUUAGGUUUUGUUCAUAAAACUAUUUUAAAUCCAAUAUAACACAGAACCAAAACAUUUAAGCUAAAAAAAUACAAUUAGUCAGGAGAUACAACAGGAAAUACAAUGUCAGUUCAUCGGACUUGACUUAAUAGCUAAUUGCGGCGCACAGAUGAAUAGCAUUCAUCCACCAUUCCUUUUCUGUUACAGGUUUGUAGUUGAACAUUGAGUCCAACAAAUAAGGUAAGCGUACAUUCGACUAGGAUGAGUGACAGAGAAUGGUUGUUUUUGACUUCCUCUCGAAAGCUAAUGUCUUCGUCGUGAGGUUCUAUGAUGUCGCGAGAUGGUGGUAAAGUCAAGGGAAUGGCAUUUGCAUCGGGAUCGCUGUCGCGGGUGGUAUUUUUAACUUGACUGCUCGUCCGCAUCUCUUCCUGUUAUCCUCCGAUGACGUCAGCGGUUCUGUCCGGGUGCUUCGAAUGAUGUCACGCCCCCAUUCAAGUGGCCGAGCUCGACUUAUCUACAGAACUACAUCAUUAACACCAUGAACCACAGCGAAUAUCAGCGGACUGACCCGCCGUUGCCUCUCUCUCCCGCGGCUCGUGAGCUCAGGAACAAGGAGAACAACAAAAAGGAAUCGAGAAUACCCCGAAAACGAUGGGAAGUUUUCCCAGGCAAGAACCGCUUUCUUUGCAAUGGACGCGUCAUUAUGGCUGGGAACACCGGGGUUCUGCCCCUCACACUAGGCCUUAUAGUCGUCACAAGUGGAUUGUUUUUUACAUUUGAUAGCCCAUUUCUGGUGAAGCGCCUGACAAGUGGCAUACCAGUCAUCGCGGGAGUACUCUUUGUGUUUGUGGUCACCACUCUGCUACGUACCAGCUUCAGUGACCCCGGUAUUUUGCCCAGAGCUACUCCAGACGAGGCUGCAGACACAGAGGAAAAGAUUGACAACACUGACACAGACGUCUCUGAGAAUGGCAACUGCCGACCUCCACCUCGCAUCAAGGAGGUCGUCAUUAACCAGCAGGUGGUCAAGCUGAAAUACUGUUUCACCUGCAGGAUGUUUCGCCCACCACGCACCUCUCACUGCAGCCUGUGUGACAACUGUGUAGAGCGGUUCGACCACCACUGUCCAUGGGUGGGCAACUGUGUCGGGAAGCGCAACUAUCGUUUCUUCUACUCUUUCAUUGUCUCUCUCUCAUUUCUGACUGCCUUUAUCUUCAGCUGCGUGACCACCCAUAUUGCAAUAAAAGCCCAGAAUGGCAAAGGCCUUGUGUUUGUGCUUAAAGAGAAUUUGGGAAGUGCUGUCGAACUGGUGAUUUGCUUCCUGGCCGUCUGGUCGAUCUUGGGUCUUUCAGGCUUUCAUACCUUCCUAGUUGCCUCUAACCGAACCACCAAUGAGGAUGUCAAAGGCACCUGGUCAGCAAAGAAUGGAGCAGAUGAUAUCACCAACCCCUACAGUCAUCACAACAUCCUGGUCAACUGCUGCUCAGUCCUCUGUGGACCCAUGCCGCCCAGUUUGAUCAACAGAAGAGGGCUCCUCCAUCAAGACGUCUUACAGAACAGCAGAACAGACAUACAGGCGACAAUUAAUCUGGAAAGUCAAGAUCUCCUUGAGUCAUUGACGUCCCUCACAUGUCCAGAGGGGAUACCACAGUCUUCACAUAGUUCCUCAACUGCAAAGACAAAUUCUUCACCUGAAGUCCCCAUUUAUUGCAGGGAUCUCAAAACGAGUUUAGUAACACAAGGCACUACCUCCCCCUUAUACUGCCAAGAUCCCAAGAGUAGAGCUUCCCAAGUGUUCUGUUCGUCCAGCAACAUUCCUGCUUCCCUCACCUCUCUGGAUGCCUGCUCUUCGUCUGAAAGCAGCUGAUGAAAGAGCUCCUGUCCUUCGACUGAACUACUUUAACAUUAUUCUGGGAUGAAGUGUGUGUUUUUAAUAGAUCAAUGCUGCAUCUCAUGAACCGUUGUCUCGAUCUGCAAAUAAACACAUUAAAAAUAGCACCAGAGUUGAAGACCAAAAGCUUGAAAGGCUUGAACAACUUUGAACAUUUAUUUUCCGGAGUCACUCCACGCAAAGUUAUGAUCCUGUUGUUUAUUUGUUCUACACUCCUUGGUGGAACGGAUUGGUGUCACGAAACUCGGUGAUUGACCAUGUCUUCAACGGAUGCCGAUUGUCUGUGUAUGACGCCAGUGAGCCCUGAUACAAUGUGAUCCGUGCUGUCAGUCUAACGCAACUCUGAGGGGGGCAGAGGUAGUUGGAAGUUUGCCUUGCUCCAGUAGUGUUAGGCCGGCAGUCCACCUGGAAAUGGCAUGCAGGUAAAUUCGAACAAUAAAACAGUCUGAAAACUGGUUGGACCCUG